AAUUCUUCCACUCGCAAAGAUGCAAGCCGAAGCUGCGGCGCCGACCAAAGGUGACAACAACGGCGCACCGGCGACACGGGCAACGUCUGCCCCUCCGCUACAAAUCAAGGAUGAUUGUCCAGAAGAAUCGAGCAAUGAAUUGGCUGACAUGCCUCAAAUCUUCUCGACACGCGCACCACGAGACGCUGCUGCUGGCCUGUCGUCAGGCCUGAAGAACAUGGGAAAAGGGUUGGCCGCAGGAGUUGGGUCCUUUGUGGCCAUGCCAAUCAUUGGUGCGAAGGAACAAGGAAUCUUUGGUUUCGCCAAGGGUCUUGCGCUCGGCACUGCCUCUGCUGUUGUGAUGGUUGGAGGUGGAGCUGUCACUGGUGUUACUCAAAUCGCUCGUGGCAUUGCGGCGACUCCCCGAGCAAUCAUCAGCAACAACGAGAACAAGGUGUGGAAUGCAGAAACCAACGAGUGGUACGUGUACAACCUCCAAGAAGAGGCGGCAGAAAUUGCGGCUGCCGAUGCCGCCGCGCCUAUUCUGGAAGACAAAGUGGUCAAGGAAACCGAGUUGUACGAUGUCUUGGGCGUGCCGCCAAAUGCCACGGACGUCGACAUCAAGAAGGCGUACCGACGACUGGCCAUCAAACUGCACCCGGACAAGAACUUAAACGACCCGACGGCGUCUGAAAAGUUCCAGAAGGUGGGUGCCGCGUACCAAAUUCUCUCGGAUCCUGCCUCUCGUGCCAAGUAUGACGAGCACGGCAGCGAUGGCGUGGACCAGCAGCUCUUCAUGGACAACAGCCAAAUUUACGACAUGAUUUUCGGGUCGCAAGCGUUCGAAGCGUUUGUGGGCGAAUUGAACCUCAUGACGCUGCAGCAAGAACUGACCAAGAUGAACACGAUGGACGGGUUGAACGACCCGACGGAUCUGUUUGGCCAGACUGACAAGACGAAACUCAAACAGAAGCGACGCGAAGUUCUUUGCGCCGUCCACUUGGCCAACCUUCUCGACAACCAGUACGCGACAGACGUGUCGGAGAAGCAUAUCAACUUUCGCACGACCAUGACGGCAACGGCGCAGGAACUCGCGUCGACCGCUUUCGGCGGGACGCUGAUUGGAGUCGUCGGCUACGUGUAUGAAGAGCAGGCGCACAAGCACCUUGGGUUCCGGAAGAGCGUCGCGGCGGGGCUGGGGCUGCAAAAUGUAACGAAGAGCGCGCAUGUGCUGUCGACCAAGUACAAGUUUUUGUCGUCGGCCGUGUCGGCGUACUCCAAGUACAGCAAGGCGGCGAAAAAGGUGGAGGAGUUUGAAAAGAAGAAGCAACAGCAGACUGAAUUGACCCCCGACGACGCGGUCUGCGAAGACCAACUCGCGAGGCAGCUGCAGCAAGAAACCCUCGGCGGCAUCCUCGAAACGGCAUGGAACUUCACUGUCAUGGACGUCGAAGCGACCCUCCGCAGCGUCUGCUUUAAGCUGUUCAAGGACGCGUCUGUGUCCGCCGCCCAGCGUGUCAAACGCGCGGAGGGUCUUGCAAUCCUUGGCGAGAUUUUCCUUGCGAGCAGCCAGACGGCGGAAGCAGGGCUCAAGGAAGUGAUGGAGAAAUUCAGCAUGGCCGACCAGCAUAUGCCGAUGCCGACGGACCAUGACUCUCCUCGGCCCGCCCCCAGCCAAUAAGUUAUGUUUUUGAAUUGCUAGAUGUGAUGCAUCUUCUGUUCCAUGCUGGUAUCACCGAGACAACUCUGGUCAAGGGAGCGACGUCAUCGAGCAGAUCGUUGUGGCCCGCUUUUAACGCGAUUCCGAUGAAAGG